CUCCUUGCUUUUUGUUUAUUUGCUUUUAGUUUUCUCUUGGGUGCCAAAGAGACAGGUUUAGAGACAAGGGAGGCCCGAAGACACUGAGCUCUUCUGAGGGAGUUGGUAACCUAAUAAAAGGGAUUAUUAAUAGCCAUAUCCGGUUAAUUGAUGAAUCAUAGAUUGAAUUAUAUAAAUAAAGAGCAUCAUAAUAUCGUUAUCGGUUAGAUUAAUAAAUCAUAGAUUAAAUAACAUAAAUAAAGAUCAUAAUUGCAAUAUCCGUUAAUUUGAUAAAUCAAAAAUUUAAUAAUAUGAAUAAAAAAGGAUCAUAAUUAUAAUAUCCGUUGAAUUAAUAAAUCAAAGAUUGAAUAAUAUAAAUUUAAAAAGAUCAUACUUGCACUAUCGCUUAAAUUUAUUAACAAUAGUUUGAAUGAUAUAAGAAUGGAAAGCAUUGUAUACGAGUGGGCGAUGGGGUUGACGCGUCGACACAAGGUGUUCAGUCACAGCCAACCCCUCAAAAAGGAACAUUUUUUCAACUUGACGAGGGACAGUAACCUGCAGCCCAGCCUCGCCUUCCUCGUGCGUCACGUCCGCCCCCCGGGGGAACGCAGGCUCAUAAAGCUCAAUUUGAAGCAUGCGAAGCUCAGGAAAAAGUUGACUGGGGAUGAAGGAGAGACGGCAUCACCCACAGAGGAGAGACUGCGACUAAAGACCUCCAUUGUAGACGCUGGGGUUGAUAUUUCAGCGGAAAGGAUGGAGCUCCAGCAGCUCAAUCAGAGGAAUGAGGAGGUGCGCCACAGAGAGGUCGAAGUCCGACGCAGGACCGCUCUGCUGAAGGUGGCUCAGGAGGAGAGAGAGAAGGAGGUCGAGCACUGCAAACUGUGGCGGACGCAGCUCUCUCUUUUAGUGGAGGAUUUGCCUUGUGCUGAAGAAGGCCGGUCCCUUGUAGAUAUUAACCUGCAGAAACAACUGCAAGCAAAUUUGUUGGAAUUAGAAGAACUCCGUCGCGCAAUCAUCAGAGGGCACCUGAGCUCCCCGGAUCGCAUCCACGGACACAAGUUACAUGUCUGGGAACACAUCGGAGAUACGAUGGCAACUUGGGAACCCAGAAUGCUGCUUGGGGCCGCCUUGAGUAAUGUGCGGGAAGCUACGAGGAACCUGCACAUCCAAGUCCAGAAUAUUGACUUGAUGAAAGACGCACAGAUGCUUAGAUUGAAAUGUGAGAAGGACGGCACCUUCAUCGACGACAUCAACCCUGGUGGUCUGAUCGAGUCGGUGCGAGAACUCCUGGCUCAUAUGAGUGCGGCUCACGUCAGGCUGUAUGUCGAAGCCCACCAGGCCCACCGAGCAGCGCUGUCCCUCUCUCGCGCUCUCAAGACCCUUCAGAGUGAUAUAGUCGCUGCUGCUGAGAAAACCUACACAGAAGAUGGCGUUGCAGCUGCUGUAAUAAAUGUUGCGAGCGAGAGCAUCAGUGCAUUUGGCGAGAGAGCCGCUGCCAGCUGUGCCGAGCAGUUGACGGUGUCUGUGCAGGAAAGAGCCAAUGCUGCAGAGAAGGCGAGGGAUGCUCUGAGGGCCAAACACGCUCAGAUCAUCAGCUUCAACAAGGAAGUCCAAGAUGGAGUCGAGAGUAUCCAGUGCCUAGCCAUGUGUGUGGGUGAUGGCCAGCAGAUAAUCAAGGAGAAACUGAGAGAAAUACAAACUACAAUUGAUAAGGCUGUUGGAGCCAUGGCACGCCCCACACCUGUCACCAGAAAUUGCCUGGGAGAGGAGUGUGAGGCGUUCCUGGCGGUGCCACUGACACAGCUCCUCACUACCAAAAUGGGAGGGUCCGGAUUGCAGAAGAAGGCGGACCUAUCGACGACUCCCCUGGUGUGGCAUGAGCAGUCCGUGAGCCAGCCAGGUUGGGAGGCCAUGUGGUACCUCUGUAGUGCCUUGCUGUCAUGGGAGGGAGUCUUCAACGAGGUCUGUGCCAAGCAGACUCAAACGGCAUGCAUUCACAAGCAGAUGGAUCACUUUGCUUUCACAAAGGCAGCGAUGCACACCUCUCGGAAGGAUAAAAGCACUCUGACAAUGCAGAUUAUGAAAGAAAUAACAGAGAGAGUCGAAGCAAGUGACAGCCAUUUGGAGAGAGACAUAACCGCUCGAGCGUCCAAGUGUGAGAACCAGGUUGCCCAGGGCGUGCAGCUCAUCGCCAAGGUUAAUCAGCAGCUCUCAGAUUGGUGGGAGCAGCCAGCUAAAAACAUUACUAUGUAAGAAAAGACAUAUAUAUGUUGAUUUUUUCCCAGUACACAUAAGACAUUUUUGAGAUUAUUAUUUUUUGUUGAAAGUAUUAGUGGGUGUGGUAUGCUUGAAUUAUUUUUAGUGCUGUUAUAUUUUUCUUGCAUAUAUUCUCUUGGGCAAAUGACAAGAAAUAAAUGGUUGAUUUCAAAAUACACACUGUUUUACCCCUGUAUUUCAUAAAAAGGUAUAUUUUCAUAUUUUAAAUAGAAAUAUCAUUAUCAUUAUGUUUCGCAAUUUGAUUAUUAAAUUUGUUACACACUUAAGAAGAAAAAAAUCAGUUAUAUGAAUUUUAUCGACCUUGUUUCUAAAUGAUAUAAUUUAAACUACAAAUUACAUUUACAGUUUAUGUGCAGGGCUAUGGAACGGAGCGGGUUGGCGUUUGCAGGAAUAAUAAAAAAGAAAUAGUUAUCUGAAUUUCCAUGUUAGGAGAAUAACAUCCGUAGAGCGAGUAACAUUGGCCUGAAAUAGACAAAAAGUAUAUUUGGUACUCUUACUAUA